CCUUUUGUGCAGGCGGGUAAUUGAUGUCCACACCCUCCUCUGCCUCUCUUAUCUUCUUCAUCUCAGAACAGCCGCAUCAAUUAUCAAUUUUUUUUUUAAUCCCUAUCCUGAUAAACAUACUUAUAUGACGUAUGGUUUUUUGAGCUAUACAUAUGUAUAGCCUGUCGCAGUGGUGGUGGAUCUCCUGAUCUACCACCGAUGUAGAUCUUUGUUCUUUUGAUUUUCUAGAGGAAGUUUGAGUGUUGGGUGUUGAGAAAAAAUGGAUUUUGAUGAGCAUGAAGGCCAAGACCAAGAAGAGGAGAUUGGAAUUCAGAUGCAGGGAAAUUACCAGACACUGGGAAGCUCCGGGAGGGAAAAAUUGGGUGGAGGAGAGGGUGCAUCGACGCCGGCGAGAAAGGGCGGUGGUGGAGGUGGCUACAGGUAUAGAGAGUGCCUGAAGAACCACGCCGUGGGAAUCGGUGGACACGCCGUGGACGGUUGCGGAGAGUUCAUGCCUGCCGGAGAAGAAGGAACAUUAGACGCUUUGAAAUGCGCUGCUUGCAAUUGCCACCGUAACUUCCACCGCAAAGAGACGGAAGGCGAGGGUUUUCAUCAACCCCACCACCACCACCAACCUCCACCACACCACCAGCCAUUUUCAACUUACUAUCACCGCACCGCCCAUCCAUCUGGUUACCUCCACGUGACCCCACCAUCACAACACAGGCCUUUGGCACUGCCUUCCACCUCUAGAGAAGACGAAGAUGUGUCUAAUCCUAGUAGUAGCGGUGGCGGUGGCGGUGGUGGAAGUGGUGUCGGUGGUUCGAAGAAGCGGUUCAGGACCAAGUUUACGCAGGAGCAGAAGGACAAGAUGCUGGCUUUGGCGGAGAGUUUGGGGUGGCGCAUCCAGAAACAAGACGAAGCUGCGGUGGAGCAGUUUUGCACAGAGACUAAUGUAAGGCGACAAGUCCUCAAGGUUUGGAUGCACAAUAACAAGCACACACUCGGUAAUCUAACAGGCUGAAGCUCUAUUCAGAGUCUUACUAUCAUAUUCUCAUCAAGGACCGAGUACAUUCCAAGUAAACUCAGACGUGUUUGACAUGCAAAGGCUGCAUUUUCAGUCUCUUCACAUUUGUCGUCAUCUCUUCUUCUCCCCGUGGGCAUUACCUGUGGCUCUCUCUCUCUCUCUCAUAUUUACUUCACUCAAACCUCCAAUUACAUAUGCAUAUGGGACUUUGGAGCUUAUAAUAAGCUGUCAUAGAAGUUGUGGACAGAUGUCAGCAUAGGGGAUGGAUCUAAUCGUGGGAAUACUGGCUCAGUUGUACUCGGGUUCUGGUACUACUAGACACUACAUUCUCCUCCUUAGUCCCUCCCUCAUACCUCGUCCUCCAUUAAUUACCCUCCCACUACUCUCUCUGUAAUCUUGUCUAUAUUGUUUUUUUUUUUGCAGUCAUUGAUUUUUCAGUUUCUUGUGUUUCUUUGUUCAUGAACUUCCAUCUUCUUCAAUAUUUUCCUAUUUCCACAAGUUUGAUUCCUAUUACUCUUUGUUUUGAAUGUGGGAAAAUCAAACAGUUGUUUUAAUUGCAUGGUCUUUGCAUUGCAAUAUUGUGAUUGUGAAGUGUUUCAUUUCAGUUCAUCAGUGUGUCAUAAUUAAUCACGUUUACAUAGUUAAUUAAUUACA